AUGGCCCUAUGCACCACCGUACCCCAACACCCAGCUGCUGUAUCGUAUCAUACCCCAUCAUCGGGACCUUCACUACGCCCACCCGUCACCGCCGUCACCGCCGUUGCCGCCGCCUACCGCACUACCCCCCAGCCCCGCAUCUACGCUCCCCCAAGCCCGCCCUCGAAAUGCCUGUCACCGCAGCCGCAUCCUAUCCCGCCACGCGCCGUCCUUCGACCUUCAUUUCAUAGCCAAGCCGUCGCUGGUUCACGCACGGUAGAGUAA